AUGCCUAAAACAAACAGAAGAACAACUCAAUCACGUAGUGCAUCAGCUCACCGAUGGGAAAAUGCGAGGAUUCCAAGUCCACCUGAUGUUCCAAAUGAUGACUAUCAUGUGGAUGUGGAUGUUAAUGUGAAUGUUGACAAUUUAAAAUUAAAUUUUAUGGAGAAACUUACACUUCUCAACAUUGAAGAUCUGGCUGAAAUGUGUCGUUUAAAAUGCAAUACAAAAUACCUUAGUGUAUUACUCUACAUGCCAUUACGAUAUUUUAAAAUUAAAUGGAAUAAUAUUGAUGAAUAUCUAAAAGGUAUAGGUUUAAUGACAGCAGAAACGUCACACAAUUGGGCUGCCACAUUUUUGGAUGGUGAUCAUAAAGAAUUUGCACGUGAUUUGCGUGGCGGCAAACAUUCAGAUUCACUUUAUGAUAUAUAUCCAGAAAUUGAAGCAGACGCCAAAGCAUUUGUUGUAGAAAAAUGUUCACAAAAAUCGGGUGAGUUUAAAGCAAUGGAUCUGGUCCAAUUUAUUAACAAACAAUGUUGUGAAUUAAAUGAUAUUGACGAACAAGUUAAUGGUGGUUAUAUAAGAUCCGAACGAAGUUGUCGCUUAGAUCUUCGUAGAUGGAGAGCGAAAUUUGAAGCCAAUGCACAACGCCCUUACUUCGAAGGACAUGAAAGAAACGAUGAUGUGAAACAUCGUAAUGAAUUUAUAAAUUAUUUUUUGAAACACAAGGAUUUUUAUCAUACCAUUACUGAAGGAGAGGCACCUGCAUGGAAUCUUCCAGACAAAAGUCCUCAAAGAAUAUUAAUAUUUCAUGAUGAAUCGACCUUUCGCAGUGGUGAAGUUUGUGCAAAGCGCUGGUUCUUCAAAGAAAAUACACCAUUUUUUUCAAAAGGGCGUGGCCGUAGCCACAUGGUUUCUGAUUUCCCUGUUCAACAUCCAUCAGGACCAUUCUUUGAACUUAAUCAAGAUGAAUGGAAGCAAGCUGUAAAAAAAUACCCAUCAUUAAAGAUAAAUGGCGACCUAGAUUAUGUUGAGCGAACUGCAACCGCAAGUAUCAACAUUGGAACUGAUGCAUAUUUGAACAACGAAACAAUCUUAAACCAAAAAUCAGUGGGAGACCAUUGCACAGUUGACUGUAUCGAGUAUCUUGAUGAAGAUGGUAAUCCACAUAUUAUUGAUUGUUAUUUUAAAGAUGGAGAAAACAAAGGUAAAUCGAAGGGUUUAGUUGAAAUAUGUAAAGAUUUAGGUAUACAACUCCCACCUAAAAUUAAAUUAGAAGAAAUUCGGAAACUCUUGUCAGGAUAUCCAGCAUUUCAAAACGUCACAAAACUCGAAACUCUUGCACUCAAAUAUAAAGUUAAUGUUAUAUUUUGUCCAAAAUAUGAUUGUGAACUCAAUGCGAUUGAGGGCCUUUGGUGCAGUCAAAAAGCAUUUUGUUCGUUCACGUACAGACCAAACCUUCGAAAAAAUGAUUAA